AUGACUUCGCGCCGUCUAGCACAACAUUCUUCUAUACAAAUUAAGCGCCGACUGACUGCCGUUAAUGGUAGUACAUCUUCUCAGUCGCCAUCUAUUAUGGAUUCGCUGAUUCGCAUGGUAGAUGCAAAAUCCACUGAUGUCCAGCUCCCGGCCACCAACUUCCUUGUUCAUGAGCGGUUGCUGUACCCCAAGGGAGCAGCCCUGGACAACAUGCUGAAGCUUGUCUCACGAAUUGCUCCCGGAAUCCCAAUUGUAAAGGCUCAGCUGAUGGAAAUCUGGCAGGAGGAAGUGUCGAAAGCAGUCAUUUUCCCCACUCUCACGGAGCAUGCUGCGCAGCGUAAAUUCGGGGAGAUCGUCAAGACUAUGUUCUGGCCAUAUUUGAGGGCGUCCCCUAAUGUGAUGUCGCAGCUGCUGAGCACGAAGUUUCACGCCGAUCUCGCGAAUGCCAUGAUGAGCAACCGGCAUCUGUACAAGCACAAUUUAAAGAUCUUAACCCAGAUAAAGGUGGAGAAUGGAAAACAUAAAUUCCUUGUGUUGAGAGACAGCGAGAUGUUACUGUUUCCAAAUGCAAGGGAUAAACACCAAAAAUCUUUGGCCAGGUUACUGCGAUCCCGUUUCCUUACCGUCCAUGAAUGGGACGACCAGGAGACCAGCGAGAACCGUCUUUUGAAGAGCUCAAAUAAGAAUUUUCUGCUGAUUGCGGGCGACACCAAGACAGCUAUGGAAUAUUUCAGACUUCUGAGUGCGCUCAAAAAGAAAUCGUCCAAUAUUAAAGGCUCGGUUGUCUUAGUGGGUCCUGGCUCGCUCUUCUCGUGCUCUGACGAUUUCUGGACUCUUGGGGCUCUAGACGAUGUAUAUCCGACAAUGAAAAAAAAUGCGUAA